AUGAUCAAAAUUUACGCCCUCGUGCUUUCAAUUGCAUCACUUGCAUACUCUCUUCCAACACCAGAUGACCUCCUUGCGCCCAUCAAGCGGGCAGUCGAUAUUCCUGGAGCACUUGCGCCAAACCCACAGGCCUAUGUUGUCGCUUUCAAGCCCAACACCGUAGAUCCUACUGGACGUGGAGAAUGGCUCAAUAAUGUGCUUUCGACCAGAGGUCACCGCCGACGUGACCUCUCCUCGUCCGACCUCAAGCUCAACUGGAACGAAACUGUGUACAAUGGCUUGGCUGGAACAUUUAGUGACGCCGAGAUACGUACGCUACGAAGACAAAACGAAGUCAAGUAUAUCCAGCACGAUACAUUACUCCAUACCAAUGAACUCGUCGUACAGACCAAUGCUGUAUGGGGAAUCGCUCGCCUUUCGUCUGGCGGGAACCCUAUCCCUUUUGGCUCGGACCCCUCGACGUUUAGUUUCUCCUACACUUUCGACAGCUCUGGUGGCAACGGCGUCGAUAUCUACGUCUUGGAUACAGGAGUCCGUGCUACACACCAGGACUUUGGCGGUCGAGUCAACUUUCUCCAAACCUUUGGAUCAGGAACGCCGGGCGUUGAUGUAAACGGACAUGGCAGCCAUGUCUCUGGAACUGCAAUCGGGUCGGUAUUCGGCGUCGCAAAGAGCGCCACGGUGCAAAUGAUCAAGUGCAUGGCAGACGACGGGUCCGGAUUCACUUCAGACAUUGUGUCCGCCAUCAAUCUUGCAGCCAACACUGCCGCAACCUCUGGUCGGCCCUCUGUCGUGUCCAUGUCGCUUGGUGGUCCAGCCAACGAUGCCAUUGACGACGCUGUGAUCAACGCUGUAAACCUCCAAAUCCCCUUUGUCGUCGCGGCUGGCAACAACGGAGCGGAUGCGUCAACGAGCUCGCCUGCGAGACUCGGUGGGUCUGCUGGAAAUCCGGGGGUGAUUACGGUUGGCGCCACCACAAUCGACGAUACCUUUGCCACCUUUAGCAAUACAGGCAGCAAUGUCGACGUCCUUGCACCUGGCCAAGAUAUUCUCAGCUGUGGUAUUACAGACGACGCGGCGGUCAAGAACCUCUCAGGGACGAGCAUGUCAACGCCUCAUGUCGCUGGUCUGGCUGCGCUCAUCAUGGGAUUGGAAGGCAAGAUCAGCCCGACCGCGCUCAAGCAGAAAAUUAUCGCUCAAAGCGCACUCGGUGUCAUAAGUGGACUCCCAGUGACUACUGUGAACACGUUGGCGAACAACGGAGCCACCGUGGUCUAG